GGCGUGCAGAGCGCAAGCGCGUGGCGUUCGGCGCGAGUUCCAAGCGCGUCCCCCACACCAGCGCACGCGCACAGGCUCUUGGUAGAGAUGCCAGACGGCGCAGCCCCCGCGCUCCCGGGCCUCAUUCGGCUGCAGCCGAGCUCCGUGCGCGCCGCGACGCCAACUGCGCUGCACCUUCUCCCCUGCGAGAUCCAGCACGACGGACCCGCCGCCGUCAGUCGCUUCUUCAGCCCGGCCAUUCGGCCGGGGCCUUCAGGGCCCACAGUGUCCUUCAGGGGCCGCAGCCUGCAGGGAGAAGAGGUGACCCUGCCGGCUGGCCACGUGGGGCUGGUGCUUCGGGAGGAGGACAAGGCCGAGGGGUCCGAGGAUCGGACCGUCCGGGCCAUCGGCACCUUUGGCCACUUUACCCUUUGGGGCCUGGAGACCCCCCCGGGGCCAGAUGCCCGGAUGCACGGAGCCCUGAGCUGGCCCAGCCUGGCCGCUGCUAUCCAUGCGCCCGUGGCUGAGGAUGACGACUGAGGCGGCAGCUCUGAACCACAAAGUGUUGCCCCCCAUCCCCCCGACAAUAAAAGAGUCUGGAAACUG